AUGCCUAUGGACCGACAAAGCGAAACUGUCACUAAGUGGGAUGUAAACAGGGUGCAUUCCUGGUUUGCUUCCCUUGGCUUCCCAAAUUAUGAAUCGCAGAUAAAAGAACAGGACAUAAAUGGAGAGAUCUUGGUUCUUUUGGAUCAUGAGGGACUCAAAGACCUUGGUGUUCGGUCAGUUGGUCACCGAAUUUCUAUAUUAAAGGCCAUUUACAACUUGAAAAUACAACAUAACGUACCCAUUGAGUUAGGCCAAUACGUUCCUCCUUCGGCAGAAUUUGAAAGUGCAAUGAAUGUUACAAAUGGCGUCCCAGACCUUCGUAAAAUCGAAGGUGCAAUCCAAGAAAGAGAUGCUCUUAUUUCGCAUUUGUCGAAAGAAGUACAAAGAUUAUCAUCUGAAUUGGCAAAAUUACGUGAAGAGAUGAUACCGGUUUUGAAAAUGGCAAAAGAAAAUAAGCCUUUACCCGAACCAGAACGAAACAGCAUUGACAAUUUGAAUACUCCAAGUACUUCAAGGACUAAUCUUUCUGUACAAGUUCCCGGGAUAAGUGUUACCAAUUUUUCAAAAUCGCCUACAUAUUCAUCUGAUGGUUCGAGCGCCCCACCCUCACCCCACUCUCCGCAUGAUAGUGGUAACAGUCGUCGUCAUUAUAACAAUGAAUUUGAUUCGAGACCAAGCGCGAGCUUUCACCAAACACCGGUUAUAAAUGACGCAAUUAACUUCUUUGGAAAUCAUCAAUCAUAUAAAAGUUUUCGUGUAUCACUUGAAGACCCAUGUCACAAGGUAUUGCCUGCUGCGCUAAAAAAAUAUAAAAUUGCAGAUGAUUGGCGUCAAUAUGCGUUGUUUAUUCGUUUCGGCAGUACAGACCAUCUAACAGAGCGUUGUUUAAGCUAUGAUGAAAAGCCUUUAUUAUUGUUCCAAAAAUUAAAGGAGGCAUCACAGAACCCGGUAUUUAUGUUAAAGAAUAUUAAAGAGAUUAAAUCACCUAUUGCGACAGCAGAAGAAAUAAUUAGUUUAUUGAAAGCAAAUAAGAAACGACGUACAACACAGUUCUUGAACAAAGAAUUACCACCAGCACCUAAUGAAUAUCCAGAUACCCACCAAGAACCGCCACCCGAUUAUGAAUCGACGGAAGAACGAAUUUCAGAAGAAACAUUAAUAGAAGGUAAUGGAACUGCCGUUGCAAUAUACCCUUAUGUUCCGGAACUUGAUGAUGAACUUAAUGUGGUGGUUGGAGAUAUUUUUAAAAUUAGAAGCAGGUCAGGGGGAUGGUGUUUUGUUGAGAGAGACGGACAGACUGGUUGGGUGCCUGCAAAUUUCUUGCUUGAAACCAGCGUUAAUGGAGGUGAUAUGAUGGAUAGUGACAGUCCAUAUGUUGGUAGAGGAGUAGCUUUGAUUGAUUACAAGAGAAAUACAGACGAUGAACUUAGCGUGAAAAAAGACGAUUUGCUUCGCAUUUACAAAAGACAAGACUAUUGGUUGUAUUGUGAAAUAAAUAAUGAGCGUGGAUGGGUGCCAAGUUGGUACGUCAGGGUGGAUAAAGAAGCUAUUGAUGAUGAGAGCGAGGUAAAUGAGUGA